AGGCGGAAACGCGUAUCGCGGUGGCGUGCCCGGCCGUGCUUCGUCACUUCCGCUUCCUCUCGCGGAGCGGCUCUGUUGGCGCCGUUUCAACGAGAGAAGGGUGCCCACGGGGCGCCGCACUAGUCCGCCAGGAUGUCGUACAUGCUGCCGCAUCUGCACAACGGCUGGCAGGUGGACCAGGCCAUCCUCUCGGAGGAGGACCGAGUCGUGGUCAUCCGCUUCGGGCACGACUGGGACCCGACCUGCAUGAAGAUGGAUGAGGUCUUGUACAGCAUCGCCGAGAAGGUAAAAAACUUUGCUGUUAUUUAUCUCGUGGAUAUCACUGAAGUACCAGACUUCAACAAGAUGUACGAGUUGUACGAUCCCUGUACCGUGAUGUUUUUCUUCAGGAACAAACACAUCAUGAUUGAUCUAGGUACAGGUAAUAACAACAAGAUCAACUGGGCAAUGGAAGAUAAGCAAGAGAUGAUUGACAUUAUAGAAACUGUUUAUAGAGGAGCCCGCAAAGGUCGAGGUUUGGUGGUAUCACCAAAAGAUUAUUCCACUAAGUACAGAUACUGAUACUUCUUGGGGGCUACCUUUUUUUUUUUUUAACCCUACAUCCACUUAAAUUUAUUCUUGUGUGUAUAUAUAUUAAAGAAAAAAGGUAACAAUUCCUUCAACUUUGAGCGUAUUUUGAAUUAUUUAAAUGUUUUGAAUGGUAUUUGGAAAAGUAGAAAACACAAAGCCUAGAACUGUCUGACUGCAGUAAGACUGUAGUUGAAUUUUGGAUUUUUUUUUUAUUUUUUGAAGACUUUACUCUGUGUUGUCCUUUUGGUAUUACGUAUUUUUGUACACAAAAAGGCUGUUUGCAGAAAAACAUUUCAACUGUUUGUGUUUGCUUUUGUUACACAAAUAUCUGGGAAAACUAUGCUAUAGCUUUUUAAAAAAAUAAAGUGAUUUCUACUUUUCA